AUGAAGUUGCUGCUCGCAGUAGUGGUGCUUUUUCUUGCACUAAAUGAAGUAUUUGCUGAGGAAAUGGGUCCAAAUGAAGACCAGGAUUACUGGGCAAAUGGCUAUCUAGUGCAGGAUGACUGGCUUCAAGCCGAUCCCUUCAGAGAGAUACUCAAACGGAUAACGAGAAAACCACGGCCACAUCAGUUCAUCGGUCUAAUGGGGAAGCGCUCCUCCGCUAACACACAGAUUACACGAAAAAGGCAUAAAAUUAACUCCUUUGUGGGUCUGAUGGGUAAAAGAAGCCAAGAGGAACCUGGUUCAUAUGACUGGAGCUUGCUACAGAGCUACGAUGAAAAGCGUUGACGAACAGCUCAACCUCCAUC